AUGAAUUCUUCUUCUGGAAACAACACAUCAAGAAAACCCAAAAUCAAGAAAGUAGAAAAAUCAGAUAUGUGUCGUGUGGCUUUCUCAAAACACAAACUAGGGCUUUUCAACAAGGUCACUGAGCUAUCGAUACUAUGCAAAGCAAAAACUGCAAUGAUUAUCACUUCACCAAACGAUAAAAUAUAUGCAUGUGGUUACCCUAAUCCAGAAGCUGUCAUUAAUCACUUUAUUGGCAUGGAAAACCAUGAGAUCAACAAUGAAAUAAGGAGGCAAGAUGAAGAAACAAUUGAAAUCUUGAGUCUUCAACAAAAGGAACUUUUAGAACAAUUGCAACAAGAGAAGAAGAAUUUACAAGAUGCAAUAGAGGCAAAAGACAAGAGUUCUAAUUUUCCUAAUUGGUGGGAUUAUUCUAUUGAUGACAUGAGUUUGGAAUCCCUUGAGGAAUAUAAGGCUUCUUUAGAAAAUUUGAAACUUAAUUUAGUUUCAUCUUUGGAAGGGAAGUAA